GAAUACUCUAUCCGCCUCAUUUCAUUUGACAAUAAACCACCGCAUCAACUCAGGAAAUUCUCUAGUGCUCUGACGAGCAUUAACGGUCUGGUAAUAUCUCCUUCCGAGAGCUUCAUUGCAACUACAGGGGUCAAGAACGGAAAUAUACAUGUGGUCUCAAUAUUUGACUAUGAAAUGGACCAGAACCAUCGUCACUUUGGCUGCUAUCCUUGCACCCAGGUCGAAUUCACACAAGGCGGUUCCCUGCUCAUAUUGGAGCUGGACUGGCAUAGAGGUGCGAUUAUCUCCCUAAUAAAAACUUCCAGCUUCCCAAUGGAGAGGAUUGUUAUUGCAAGAGACCCUCAUUUGGCUCAGGGAAUAUCAUUACUGAUGCCCAAGUUGGUUACUUUGGAUGAUCACUCUGCCUUUGCUGUCGUCUCCUGCUUCGAUGAUGAUCAAGGUUACAUGUGGUUAUUUGACUCGCAAGAUGGCAAGGCGAUAGCCAUCUCCACGCUUCAUAGGCGUAGAGAUGGCGUGUACUAUGGGAAUCAUAGGUUACCGAUCCCCCCAUCCUCGGCAAACAAUUUAUGUAAAAUAUCAGGAACUAAUGUUGCCUAUGUUAACGAUAAUGGGCGGAUCGUCGUUCUCAAUUGUUCCGGAUUUAUGGAUCAUAU